AUGUGCUUCUUAACUCUUCUCAGUACUCUGAUGUUGCCCCUGAUUGGAAUGCAGGUCCAACAAGCGUCUGGUUGUACCUUUACUCCACACCAGGGAGAUUUUGUGGCAAGCGUCAAGUAUGAAAUGCUGAAAAAGAGUGAACCGGAAUGCCUUCAAGGUAUGUGCACCAUUUACAAGAAUGGUUCUGAAACUCAAAACGUAACCGGAGUGGUGUACAGCAUUGAUCGUCAACUUGUGAUUCCAAACUGUCAGCAGCCUCUUCCGGUUGCAUCAAAAGUCGAAAUUUCUCAAAAUAUCUCCAAACUAGUGGUAAAUCAGGACGAAGCUGAGCUUGAUAGUCUGUUUGACCAAAACGUGACAUCCAUUUAUGAAUUCUAUCACGCUGGAAGGUGGUUCUACUCACAAAAUGCUUCGCUGUUUCCCGACGGAACGAAACCAGUUUACAAGUACAUCUUCUCUAGAGUGCCUCAAACAGGCUGUUUAUCGGUUCCUGUAUUCACAACUGCAAGCGGCAGAAUCUACGUUGGAAAGGUCUACAAUGUGACUGGCUACACCUUCAUGCAUGCCUACGCAUUCGCAGACGUUUGCAGAAUCGUCGCCUGUGCAGGAACGUGUUGUGGAACGACGCCUGUAUUUCCACCAGAAGACGGCAAUUUAUAUGGGGGAACAAACUCUAGAGUGCCUAUCUUCUACGUGGUAGACCUCAUUGAGUUCUCCACAGGUCUUUCGGCCAGUGCUUAUUACAAGGUAAACUGCUGA